AUGAUUAUUUACGCUUUGGGACUCUCAACACUUUACUCUGUCCUUUUGUUAUCAUCACUGAUUCUUCAACAAAUGGAUCCUAACUCUCUUCGUCGACUUGAUUCUCCAAAAAUCAAAAAAGAGUAUGAACCAGAUUCGUUUUACGACAUGUUAGACACGUUGCCUCCACUCAAUUCUCUUCUAGAUAUUGAAGAUCUGAAACCAAAUCCGGGGUUGCAUUUUGAGUUUCAAUACACUAGCUUUGAAGAUUUCUUCAAAAACAUGGAAGUGGAUAACAUAAUCUCAUCUGAUAUUCAAAUGUCAUCAACUCAAGAGCCUUACGUCUCCAGUGAAUCCUCUUCUCCGUUGGCUGUUGAAAAUGAUUGUCUAAGUUCAAACGAGAGAUGUGAAAAGAGGAUUGUGAAGAAGAGGAACUCUAAGAAAAAGAGACAAGACAAACUAGAGAUGGAUGAGAUCAAGCAGUUCUUCGAUAGACCAAUCAUGAAAGCGGCUAAAGAACUCAAUGUGGGACUCACUGUGUUGAAGAAGCGAUGCAGGGAAUUAGGGAUUUACCGGUGGCCUCAUCGGAAGCUCAAGAGUCUAAACUCUCUCAUAAAGAAUCUCAAGAGUGUUGGAAUGGAAGAUGAAGUGAAGAAUUUGGAGGAACAUAGAGUUCUUAUAGAGCAAGAACCAGAUGCUGAACUCUCUGAUGGAACCAAAAAGCUGAGGCAAGCUUGUUUCAAAGCUAAUUACAAGAAAAGAAAAUCACUUGCUCAUGAUUAUUACUGA